AGAUCCAAUGCAGCUUCCAGAUCCAAUGCGGCUUCCAGAUCCAAUGUGUCAUCCAGAUCCAAUGUGUCAUCCAGAUCCAAUGUGUCAUCCAGAACAAAACUAAAAAGAAGAAGAAAACAGGCCCCUGCAAAGGGAAAGCUAGCUGCUUUUUUGCAUAAUAUACAAGACUUCUUUCCAUCUUCCAUUGGUAUAUUUCUUGCAGUAAUGCUGUGCCUGAUCCUAUUUUUCGCCGCACUCGGGACAACUAUUUUGUAUAUUCAGGGAUCAGGAACGUCACCUGCUGUAGUAAAAGCAUUUAAGAACAUUAAGGAUUUUAUGAUAAAAAGGGAGCCAUCUCUCAAAGACAAGAAUGAUGCUGAAAUAUUUCGUGAAACUCAGAAGUUAGCAGACAAACUGGUUGACUUGAUCAUCAAUGUGACUGAAAUAGAAGAUGAAAUUGAGGAUAUUAGUAAAAAGCUUCGUCAGCAAUGGGUGCCGUACAAGGAAGUCUUAUAUUUAUUUGAAGAUAGAACGAAGCCGUGGCACAAAGCAAUAACAGCUUGUGAGGAUGAAAAAUCCAUGCUGAUUACUAUUGGAAGUCUUGAAGAGGAGGAGUUUCUAGAAAGAGGAACCAAUACUGCACAUCAAGACUCGUGGAUUGGUCUCCCUUAUAAGGAUGGGAAAUGGCAAUGGUAUAACGGUAUUAAUGUUGGAACCACUUACUGGAAGGCAGGUAUGCCACAUGAAUUCGAUAAGAAACCUUUGUGCCAUCCUAAAAGCACAUUGCUCUACCCCCCAAAAAUGCUGGGAAAACAUUCCCUGUGA